GUAUUAUUCCUUUAAGUAGGGGAUAUAUAUACACAUGUACAUAAGCUAGGGUUUUCUUAGAAAAUACAAAACCCUAAACCUAGAAUAUUCCAGAGUGUACAGAAAUAAUGGGCAUCCACACAAUAUUUCAUAACGGAAAUAUCCACUAAUUAUGACAACUAGUUGUUUUUGUUUUUUUUUUUUGGUUUUUUUUGCAUUUUUGAAAAUAGUUCGUUUUGUAAAUGGUUCCAUUAAAAUGGGUUGUCUUUUUGAUACGAUUUUGGUUAAAACAAUUUUUAACCCAAUUCAAACAGUUUCGAUUCAACAACGGCUCACUCCUUUUUUGAUUCGGUUUUAGUUUAGUUAGCAUUAGAAAUGGUUCAUAUUUGUUAACAGGUUUGUUUUAUAUACGGUUUAAUAUUAUCAAUAUUUCGAUUUCAAAUAAUUGGUUUGUAAUCGCUUUAGUUCUCAUUUGAAUCGUACGGUUCGAGUAGUGAAAUGGUUUUGCUUUGAAAGUUGUAGUUGAUAGUGCUAAUUGAAUUGCUCGGGGGGAAAAAAAAACAGAAAAAACCGAUGAACAGCCCUGCCUCCUUCUCCAUUGAAGCGCACUCAACAUCGGCACAUCGCACUUGACGUUCCCCGUCGAGGCGUCUUCUAAUACUUGUAUCCCCCAUUGAAGGAGCUUCUAAGGAUUGAACUAUGAAUUUGGAGAGGAGGAUUACCCGUAGUUGUUCUAGAUUGUUGGGAAGAGAAGUAGUAGUUGGGUUGAAUUCACAAAGUAAACAAAUAGGCAGGAAUUUGUUCAACAAUCAGGGUUGUGAACCGAAAGCGAGGAAAGUUCUCUGUCCGAUGCAACGCUCAGCUGUUGCAGUACGUGGUGAAGUGAAAGGAAAAAGUUGUGGUAAGGGGAAGGAAAACAGAAGUGAUUCUUGUAAAGGUUCUAAAACAAUUAGGUCGAUUUCUCUUUAUGGUUGUGUUAAUAGAGGAUGUCGAAGGGGAAGACGGAACAAUCUUGUUGAUGAUGAACAUGGAAGGGAUGGUGAAACAGAUGAUUCAUGCAAAAAAAAAGAUGGAAAUGUGGAGAGGGGAAUUACGCGUAGUGUUUCUAAAACAGAUGAUUCAUGCAAGCAAAAAGAUGGAAAUGUGGAGAGGAGAAUUACGCGUAGUGUUUCUAAACAGGUGGGUUUAAAUUGUCAAACUAUGUUGAGGCGGAGCACCCGAAUGUCUUCUACAUGCAGUGGUUCAUACAUUAAGACUGAACCACGAAUGACAAUACAAUUUGGUUCAGUGUUGUCUGCCUGUGUUUUAGAAGACGAGAAGAAAAAUUCAAAAGACAUCAAGGCUAAGGAAAAGAAAUCUGAUGAUUGUGCUGAAGUAAAUAUACCAGGAAGAAGGGAAUCCAAACUGACUGGAGUAAAAAGGAGAAGAAAGCAAGAUGAGCUUCAAGGGAAUAGUCAAGGGUGGACAAAGGAACAGGAAGUGGCGUUGCAUAAAGCUUAUUUCACUGCAAAACCAAGUCCGCAUUUUUGGAAAAAAGUUGCUAAACUGGUUCCAGGAAAAUGUGCUCAAGAAUGUUUUGAUAAAGUUCACUCAGACAAUCAGACUCCACUUUGCUCUAAGUCAUCUUCAAGAGCUAAAAAACAGAACUCACCAUCUGACUUGGUCUCUGGCAGUGAAUUGUUUAAAAAUGUUGAAACAAAGAGCAAAAGGCCUUGCAAGAAUAAGUGUAAGAGCCGUGUGGCACGUAAAACUGUGAGACAAUUAUUGCAGAAGUAUUGUCAUGUGAAUCAAGAUAAUGAAGCAGAUUUGUUUGCUGUUCUUGAGCCUUCAGUAAAUUACUCAGCUGAAGCCCUUCAGCUGAAUGCUGUACAGUUGACUCCAAAACAAUUACUGAGAAGCCCAGAUUCCUCCUCAAAGUCUUGGGACAGAUCUUCUUCAGGCCGUAAGAACCACCUUUCAAGGUUCAGCAAUCGAAGUGCAAGCCCCCUUACAAGUCCUCCAGUUCUGAAGAAGGUGAAGAAUAUGGCUUUACAUGAGAAGUAUAUUGACCAAUUGCACAUCAGGGAGAAUAAGAGAACGGUGGCUUUCUCACGCUGUCUGAAGUCAGCUCGUAACCAAUUGGAUAGAAAAAAAAACUCUGUUCACGUGAAGGAUAUCAUUAAAGCAGCGAAAGAUGCCCUAGUUUUUUAUGCUAAAGAUGCCAUUGAUAAAUUUCAACAGUCGCAGGCCAAUAGUAUGGAAGGAGUUUCAGACUCUGAGGAAUUUGUAUAUAGUGAUAAUGAUGAAGAAGAAACUGUGCUGUAAGAUGCAUCCUUGAGAAUGCAAACUAUAGUAAUGGGACUCAAUUUGUUUGAGCUGCUGUAAGAUCAGAAAGAUCUGUUAAGAUGAUGGAUUUAACCAGGGCUGAGGCUGCACUAGUUUCUGACCCAAGCGACUGUCAUCCGAGGAAAUCUUCAAUCACUGUUAAGAUGAAACAGAAUUUUAAGAUUCUCUCUUGAGCAUGCUAACAUUAGAACACGGAGUUAGAUCUGACUUUGUAAUACUGUACUAUCCAAAUAUGAAUGUAUAUUCAAAGUUAAUCCGUAGGCUUUUUACCUAGCCCCAGUCGUAACCUAGGUUAGAGAUACAUUUUUUGUAUUGUCAUUCUCUGUACAUUAGUUCUGUACAUUUGAGGCAUCAUAUCUGGCUGCUGCAUUUUGAUUCCCAAGAUAAUGCUUAUAUUCAGGAAUUUCUUGAUCAA